UUUCCUUUUAAUUUAUAUUUUCCUCCAAUCAUUUUUUAAAAUAUACUUUGAUAUUUUUUUUACAUUUCCAAUAUCGACUAUUUUGAUUCUAAUAAUUAUAUUCUCUCUCUCUCCGCUGUUUUAUAUUGUCUUAAUACAAAAAUGAAUUUCAAUUUCAAUACUUUUAAUCAGAACAAUCACAUUGUCAACCCUAAUCCUAACUCUAAUCUUUUGGGCUCACCUUCGGAUCCUUUUAUUUAUGAAUUAAAAGUUGUUCAACAACCAAUUAGAGGUAGAAUGUGUGGCCUAGGUGAUAAAGAUAGAAGACCACUUACACCUCUACCCUGUGUCAGAUUACUGAUCAAAGAUUCAAGAACCGGUUUAGAAGUCCCUGCUUUUCAAAUUGCUGAUCAAUACCUUGCAAGCUUAGUUCUUUCAACUGAAUUAUGGAGUUGGGAUGGAAAAAUUAAUUUAACAAUAGUCCAAAAUGAUUACGAUUUUACCAAUAACAGAUUUUUUGCUGAUAAAAAUAGUAUUGGGUUUUCCUCUAAUUCACCCAAUCCUGCAAACCAAUCAGUCUUCCAAAUGCCUUCAAAUUAUCAAUUUUUUAAUUCAACUUUAAAUCCCAAUUUAAAUCCCCAUUUUAAUUUAAAUGCAAUGGUAAAUCCACAAAUGAUGGUCGGUGCUUCAACAAACCAACAGCCAUUUUAUUCUUCAUCUAAUCCAAAUAUGCCACCUCCUCAAGUUCCAACCUCAAUUCCAAAUCCAAUGAAUUUAAACCAACCAGUUCAAUUUAAUCAGUUUAAUCAGUUUAAUCAGCAAAAUCAAAACUUAAAUAUUCAACCAAAUUUAAUUAAUCAACCAACACAACCAAUAAAACCAACUCCAACCCAAGGAAAUCAAUACUCAACUCUUAUUUCAAAAGCUCAAUUAACUAGAAACUUGGUUGGAAAUACAAUCUCAAAUGCUAGAAAAUUACAUGAUGAUAAGGGUGUUUUGGGCAUUUGGUUUAUUUUUCCCGAUAUUAGCAUCAGAAUUGAAGGACAAUACAGAAUCAAAUUUUUAUUAAGCAGAAUUAAUGCUAACUUGGUCAGUCCAAGUCCAGCUAGUUGUAUCAUAACUAACACAUAUUCAGAUAUUUUUCAGAUUUAUAGUGCAAAAAAGUUCCCUGGUGUUUUACCAACAACUGCAUUAAACAAGGCAUUUGUUACUCAAGGUUUUAAAAUUUCAUUGAAGAAAAAAUAGUAAACAAAAAGUUUUCCAUAUUUGUCAAGAUUUCAAAAAUUUCAAAUUCUA